UCAAAGGAAAGAAGCUUUACGUGGUGAGCGGAAGCAAGCUGAAAUAGGAACCCCGUUUUUCUGUGGUUUUCACAUGUAAUAUCAAGUAGUCAACCACUGUGCCACCAGCAGCUGCACUGCAGAGCCUCUUUGUGAUCUCUCAGAAUGAGCGCCCACGCCGACUAUUCAUUUUUCGAUUACAAUUACACAGGAAAUGUUUCUGAAGAUGAAAUCUUGGAUCUUAACUUCACAUUAAAUUGUUCCAGCUCACACCUCCAUGGCUCUGACAUCUUCCUGCCAAUAUUGUAUUAUAUCAUCUUUUUGACAGGCUUUUUCGGCAACCUCUUUGUAAUUUCAGUCCUGGGCUGCAAAAGCAAGAGAGGUGGGCGUCUGGUGGACACAUUCGUUGUCAAUCUGGCCCUGGCUGACCUCAUCUUUGUUCUCACGCUGCCACUGUGGGCCAUCUCUGCAAGCCAGAACGGCUACUGGAACUUUGGGCCAAGUGGGAACCUGCUGUGCAAGCUCAGCAGCUACAUCAUUGCUGUGAACCGCUUCUCCAACAUUUUCUUCCUCACCUGCAUGAGUGUUGACCGCUACAUGGCUGUGGUGAAACUGAUGGAUUCCAGGUACCUCAGGAGCAGUCGAUGCAUUCGCGCCACUUGUGCUGCUGUUUGGUUGAGCUCCCUGGUAAUGGGCAUCCCAUCCCUGGUGUACAGGAGAGUGGAGCACACUGGCUUUGGACUGGCCUGCAUCGAAGAUAACCAAUCGUAUUUUUUUCUUAUACUGAGCCUGAUCACGGCAUUACUCACCUUCGUCUUUCCAGUGUUCAUCAUUGUGCUCUGCUAUGGCACCAUUAUCCUGCAUCUCAAUAAGCACUGUGAUGCUGCAGCAAAUCCUCGAGCUGAAGCCCGCCGCAGACACUCCCUGAAGAUGGUCCUCUCCAUCAUUGUGGCCUUUGUGGUGUCCUGGCUCCCCUUCAACAUUUUCAAAGUCAUCAUGACUGUCUCACAGCUCUCAAAUGUUGAUCUGGACUGUGAUGAUCAGUCAUGGCAAAGAAAUGGGCUCCUCAUCUCGUGCUGCCUGGCCUUCCUUAACAGCUGUGUGAAUCCUGCCAUUUACUUUUUCCUGGACCAUCACUUCAGACGACGGGCUAAGAUCCUGUACAAGACCUGCAUGGGAAAGCCAAAGUUGCUGCAGAGCUACAACUCCUCAGCCUCCUUCACCAACGCUGGCACUUCAGAGAGCUUUGGAACAACUGGUGGGAGAACUCAGGUUCAGAUGUUUGAUUAGGAGGAGAAGAUUAAUUUCUUGCCUUGGACUGUGAAGGUAGAAAAGCUAUUGUUCUGCUAUUGUUUAAGAUGUAUGAGACAACUUGUCUUUCUCAGAAUUUUUGUCAAGGCAAGAAAGCAUUUCUCAGUUUUGUUUUGUUUCAGUUGGUACAAUAAUGUAAUUUUUUAUUCUAAUUUUUUUACAAAUAUUGAAUAUGCUCUUUAUACUGUGAGCAAUGCAGUAGUGUUUAUAUAUGAGUGAAUAUCCACAUCUGAUGUUUAUAUAAAUAUCCUCCACAUUUUUGAAGCAUUAUUAGAGUACAAUUGCAAUAAUUUACAGACUUAAAUAUAAUUUUAAAAUGUAUAACUGAUAAGUUGCAUUUUUCUUAUUAUUAUUUUUGAUAUAACGAAAGUGUGAAAUGUGAAAGUGAAAUGUGUUGUUAUUAUAAAAUGUUGGGUGGUUAAUGUUUCAUAAAAUGUAUAUAUUAUGGUGAUAAAGUUGCAUUAAAAAUAAAGCUGGAAAAUAUUA